CCCCUUGUCCCAAACGCCUCCAUUGGGCUGGAGGGACCGCUACAAUAAACACACCGAAGAAGACCACGUCGCAGUUAUCCACCACCAACUUUUUUCCUCCCCUCUUAUUCUAAUUUACUUUUGCCAACAAAGAAACCCCCCAAAAACAAUAAGGACGAAAAAACAGUUGGAGUCGAAGUCGCGUCGGCAGUGAGUUUGCGACUUUCCCCCCCUUUUUUUCCCCCUUCUUCUCUCCUGUGGAAAGUAGCGUUCGUGCGGUCCAGGAGCCUCUCGAGGCUUCCUGCUCCUCCGCGCCCGAAGCGGUUCCGAGGAGCAUAGCGACAUGUGGAGUAAGAGCCGCUCGCCGUGAUUCCCCACGCGUCCCACGAGCCGAAGAGGAGUUUCUGCAGCGCGGCAUGUAGCGCGAGAGACAGAGGCACCUGUACAUCGUCUUUUUCCUCAUCGUCCUCCUCCCCCCCUCCGGACAUCUUUGGGAAUGGGCCAGAGCCUUGCCAGGGUGCAGCUUUCCACCCGGUGGUGCGGCGGCUGGCGUCGUGCGAGAGCGAGGAGGGCAACGGCCACGUCGUAGAGCCGGCCCACCAACCUCCCUCCCGAGUGGCCCCUUUCAACCCUUUUGACUGCGCCGUGACCUCCUGCCAGCCAUGCCUUUCCGGCUGAUAAUGCGGCGCACCCGCCGCUACAACGUCCUGAGCAAGAACUACUUUGUGACGCGGAUUCGCCUGCUGGACAGCAAUGUGAUUGAGUGCACUCUGUCCGUGGAGGCCACGGGGCAGGAAUGCCUGGAGGCGGUGGCCCAGAGGCUGGAGCUGCGGGAGACCCAUUACUUCGGGCUGUGGUUCCAGGGGAAGACCCAGGCCCCGCCACGUCGCUGGGUGGAGCUGGAGAAACCCCUCAAGAAGCAGCUGGACAAGUUUGGCAACGAGCCGCUGCUCUUUUUCGGAGUCAUGUUCUACGUGCCCAGUGUUUCCCGGCUGGAGCAGGAAGCCACCAGAAACAAGGGAAUGCUGCCGUCUGCGGAUAAAUGCUGCUGGUAUCAGUAUUACCUGCAGGUGAAGAAGGAGGUGUUGGAUGGACGUCUCCACUGCACAGUGGAGCAGGGGAUCAGACUAGCCGGCCUGGCGGUGCAAGCUGACUUUGGAGACUUUACUCAAUUCAUGUCGCAGGACUUCCUGCGGGAGUAUGUGCUCUUCCCAGUGAACUGGCCCAAUGGAGACGAGGUGCUCGAGGAGUGGACCCAGAAAGUCGCCGAGGAGCACAAGAGUCACUGUCGAAUGCAGACCGCCGAGGCCGAGCUGCUGUACAUCAAGGAGGUGGAAAAACUGGACGGCUUCGGGCAGGAGAGCUUUCCUGCAAAGGACAACUACACCAACGAUAUUUUCAUCGGUGUGUCCUUCAUCGGGGUGUUUGUCAAACACAGAAACGGCAGAUCCAUCAUGCUCCACAAGUGGAAGGACAUUGGCACGAUAGCGCACAACAAGUCAGCCAUCACAGUGGAGAUAACGAGCAGAGACGACACCAUCAUUUUUCACAUGGAGGAUAUGGAAAUGGCCAAGUACAUUGCUCGUCUUUUCACGGCCAGGCACAAAUUCUACAAACAGAACAAGAUCUGUGCAGAGCCCACUCACUCGCCUGUACCAAUCAGGAGGAGACCCACCUGGACCCACCGCCCAUCUCUGCCGCGGCCCCAGUCCUGUAAUUUCCAGUCAAUGCAUUCCCAGUAUGGAGAGCAUUAUCAGGACACACAGAGCUCCCAAGACAGCAUCUUCCACGAUGACCCCUACUACAAGUCGGAGACGAGUCUGGACCGCUGCCAGGUGGACUUUCCCUUCCGUAACGGCACCGCGCCCAACGGCAGCAUGUACAGCAGCCCCAGCCUGAGCUCGCUCAACCAGUCCCAGACCUUCGUCCCCGCGUCCCCCAUGUCCUCCAGCCUCAGCAUCCCCGGCAGCGAGCUCAUGCGCCCCGACUACAUCCCCAGCCACCGGCACAGCGCCAUCAUUGCUCCGUCCUACCGGCCCACACCCGAGUACGACGCCGUCAUGCGGCAGAAGCGCCGCAUGCCCCCCGCCCACCACGACCUGCACAGCCAAUCGCUGCGCAGUCUGAACAUCAGCAACGCGUGCGCUUACCGCCAGCCUGAGGCUCUGGUGUACAGCCAGCCAGAGAUGAGGGAGAGGGGCCCCUAUCACGGGCUGGGGCCGAGCCCGGGACCUUACGGCAAACAGAUCAGCUACAGUAAGCCAGUGUCGCACGGCCCCCAUCAGGGAGGAGCCGCCGGCAGCCAGGGCCCGUGUCAUUCCCCUUGUGUUAAUGGAGGCGAGGGUGGGGGCGGAGGCGUAGGAAGCUCCAUCUCUCACACGGUCAGCACGCCCGAGCUGGCGAAUACCAAACAGCAGGGGAACAACGCGGGAAGCAGCGCAGCCACGGCGAACAUGCUGAGGAACCACAUGUCGCGGCCUCCUCCACCUUACCCCUCCAGCUCCUUCCGCCCCGCCACCAGCACGCCGGAUCUGGCCAGCCACCGCCUCCGCUGCAUGGGGGGCAGCAGUCCGGAGCUGGUCACCCGCAUGGUGCAGCUGUCGGUCAAGACCUUCCAGCCGGACAGCUCGGCCGUGGUGCACCAGUCCCUCCAGGAGGUGAGCGAACCACUGACUGCGGCCGCUAAGCACCGCUCCACCCUGGCUAAGAGACACAGCAUGGAGGUGAUCAGCAGCAUGAGAGGAGGUGGAGGAGGAGGGCUUGAGGGCAUUGUGAUGAAGAGCAUAAAUCUCGCUCUUCAUCGGAGGAAUACUCUCAGAGAACAUGUAAUGCCCCCUCAGCCCCAGCUCCAGCCUCCACCUCAGCAGCUGCAGGAGUUGCCCAUGCAGAGGAGUUCCAAGAAAUCCCCCGCGUCUUCUGCAUCGCCAGCCGGGGCCUAUCAGCAUCAGAAGACGCUCUCCAACGCUACCAUGCUCAUACACAGUAGUGAGAGUGAAGAAGAGGAAGAGGAAGAGGAGAGACCUGAGCUGGAUGUUCAAAUCCCAGGUCUGAACGAGGACAUCAGCAUCAGCGCUCAGCUCCAGGCCGCUCUGGCCAAGCUGCCUAACAAACCCCCGCCAGAGUACCCUGGUCCCCCCAGACCUGUCGGCAACGUUCAGACCCGCACCCACAGUCACAACCACACUCAACACCACAACCACAACCCGGGGCCGCAGGGCAGCCAGGGGCCGAUGGACCCGAACCAAGCCCUGGGGAGGGCGCACAAGGCCGGGCAGAGCCCGAGUGGCGGCGGGCCUGGAUGUGGCGGCGUUGCAGGUCCCGGAGGGACGCUGACCCGGGGGGACCAGGGUGGGGUGAAUGGGGCGGUUUUAGGUCCAUCCAUAUCUGAGCCGGACCUGACCAGCGUGAAGGAGAGGGUGAGGAAGGAGCCGGUCAAGGAGAGGCCUGUGUCGGAGCUGUACUCCCUACAGGACAGCAUAGUGGAGCGGGAAAUAGCUCAGAGGACGCUGGAGAGGCAGAAGAUGUCCGUGGACUCCAUGAAGAGGCCGCUGAUGAUAGCCGCGCUCAACGGCCUCUACGCGGCCCGAAUGCCCGAAGACGAAGGGGCCAAGGCUUCCACCGACGAACGGUGUAAGACCUUGGAGUUGAAGCUGGAGGAGGAGCGCGUCUUCACCGAGUAUGAGCAGGUGCCCAAGAAGAGGGCCGACUGCGUCGUCACCACGGCGACGCUGCCCGAAAACCUGGAGCGCAACCGCUUCCGCGACGUCGUUCCUUACGAAGAGAACCGGGUCGAGCUCGUGCCGAAUAAAGAGAACAACACGGGCUACAUCAACGCCUCGCAUAUCAAGGUGAUGAUCAGAGGGGAGGAGUGGCACUACAUUGCCACCCAGGGUCCGCUAGCCAGCACCUGUGCCGACUUCUGGCAGAUGGUCUGGGAGCAGGGGGUCAACGUCAUCGCCAUGGUUACUGCUGAGGAGGAGGGCGGCCGAUCCAAGAGUCACCGCUACUGGCCCAAACUCGGCUCCAAGCACAACUCAGCCACCCACGGCAAGUUUAAGGUGACCACCAAGUUCCGCACCGACUCAGGCAACUACGCCACCACGGGGUUAAAGGUCAAACACCUGCUGUCUGGCCAGGAGAGGACCGUCUGGCACCUGCAGUACACCGACUGGCCUGAGCAGGGCUGUCCCGAAUACGUCCAGGGAUUCCUAUCCUACCUGGAGGAGAUCCAGUCCGUAAGGAGACACACCAACUCCAUGCUGGACACCUCAAAGAGCCUCAAUCCUCCCCUGGUGGUUCACUGCAGUGCCGGGGUGGGUCGCACCGGAGUGGUCAUCCUCACCGAGCUCAUGAUAAGCUGCCUGGAACACAACGAGCCCGUGGAGGUUCCCACCAUGUUGUCGGAGCUGAGACAGCAGAGGGUGCUGAUGGUGCAGACCAUUUCCCAGUACACGUUUGUCUACCAGGUCCUCAUUCAGUUCCUCAAGAACUCCCGCCUCAUCUGAGCCCGGUACGCUGACCUUUGUACUUACGUGCCGUUGCGGAAUGACACCAGCCGACGGCAAUGGUCCUUCAAAAGAUUCAUGUUGACUUUCUAUGUGGAUUUACAUCCAAACUCACCUCAAAGGGGGAAAUGAUUUGGUUGGGCCUUUACAAAAAUUGACGACCAUUUCUCCUAAUAUGUGUAUGUAGUCUAUCCCCCCCCCCCGGUUUAAUUCUUGGACAAAAACCAACUGUAUAAUUUUUACCCAUGUAAGCGUGUGUGUAUGUGUGUGUCUUCCUUUGGAUCUCCUAACAAAUACUGUAAGGAUUCAAAUCUGUUUUUAUUUUGGAUCGAUUCCAAACCCGUCACCCUUCUCAUUCAUUAUUUAGCAGUAUGACGCAUGAACAGUAAUUGGCAGCAGUAUUCGUUCUAUUUUACAUACUCUGUAAGAGUUUGCCAAACUAAAGUAUUCAUUAGAUCAAUGUUCCAAAAUGUUACUUACCUCUUCAACACAGUAUUGAUUAAUACAGCAAAAAUGUACAUCGUUUACAUACAUAUUUAUUUCUAUCAGGAUUGCGGCGUUGACGAGCAUGUUCAUCCUUGAAUCUUUUCACCCUUCUUUGAAGGUGUGGUUCAUCUUGAAUAGUGCAGCUCCUCAUGAUCCCAUGCGUCUAAUCACAUGUCUCACCUAAAAGCAUUUCAAAAGUCAAAAGUGUUUCUUCAGUGAAUUUCAUCAUUUGUUAAUGCAUCAUUUCACAGCUUGUAGUCAAUAGAGAAAUGUGUCUUGAUACUGCGGACACUGUCUAAUCUGACUCAUUGUGCCUUACUGACGCGUGCAGCAGGAGAAGCUGAGGGCCCACCUUUUGUUUUGGGUUCUCAAUGGGUUUGGUUUCUCUCGCAUUUAUAUAUAAAUAGGUAUUACAGUGUUUCCCACACUAAUUUGUGGCGGUGCGCCACAGAUUCAACACCGGCCGCCGCUCAUUGUGUUUGGUGUAUUUUUUUUAACGCUAUUUAAAUCACGCAGCGUAUUCGUUCAGCUGCAUUCCCUCUCCCUGCUCUCCCUCCAUCUCUGUCACUCACUCACACACACACACACACACACACACACACACACAGCCCCUCCCCCCCGUGCACACCGCGUCUGUCUCGCAUUUCAUGAAAACGUCCAGCAAAAUCCGUCGCUCUGACAGAAGUUUGCAGACUUUGCGCAAACAGGCUGUAACAACAAGUAGCACUACAGCUAUGGGAGUUGUAUGUAGUGUGAAUUGUGUAGAGUUAUAUCUUGCGAUGUGUGUUUUAGUACGACGUUUGAGUACCGUACCCCCCCCCGGGACGUUGGAUCUGUGGGAAACACUGUAUUACCUCUAAAGAUUAAAUCUUUAAAUUUGUAUUUACUAGUUUGUGUUUUCUUAAAGGAACGGUAAUAUAAUAAUAAGUCUCUUGUUAAGGAUUUGAAUACUGAAGAAUACUGAUGUACAAAAAUAUGCAGCCUUUAAUAUCUGAUCCAAGCCCAAUGAAAAAAUUACAAUCACGUAUUUGCUUUUACGUGUUACCUUAUUCUUUCUUUUUUUUCUGAAUGGUAAUGCGAAGUCCAGAACGACUUUCUACAGAGUAUGUUUUAUAAAGUUCUCUUUUCUUUUGACUUGGUACCCUAAAAAUACCGUAACAUAAUAAACUAUGCAUGCAUUUUUAUAUUUUAUUGUAUAUAUUCUCAAAUAAGUAAAAGCUUUGUGCUCUCUUGACAUACAAGUGUUUUGUUGCACUUCUGUUUUAUUUGUGACAGUAUUUCCUCACACGGCAUUCCACUGUUUAUAUUUAAUUUUCCCCCUCAAUUUUCCCUUUUGGCAAAACUCCCAAAUACCUUUCAGUUUGUGUACAUAUGUUUUGUAUAUGCGUUUUCAGUGCAUCAAGCCUUUUGUUUUUCUGUCCCCAGACAUGUAUGAAGCUGUCAUACUCUCUUCUUGUGUAAUAAAGCCUUAUUUUCUUUAA